UCCUUAACCGUCCCACGCGACCGUGGACUCCGUCAUCGCAUUCGUCACCACCUCUGCCGCCUCGCGGCCGCCGCAUUCAUCCCCUGCGAUUACAAAACCCUACGAUAGUUCUCCACCAAUUCCUCUAAUCCCUGGUCGCUAGGUAGUUCCUGCGCCUCCAUCCCGAUCCCCUGUCUGAUCCAAUCGUAAUCAGGAUGCUGCCAGGAUCAGAGCCGGCGGCCGGCGGCACCGGUAUGUUCGUGCCGGCGGCGACGGCGGGCACGGUGCUCUGCUGCAUGUGUGGUGUGUCCAUGCAGCCCAACCCGGCCAACAUGUGCGCGCGCUGCCUGCGCGCUCGCGUCGACAUCACCGAAGGCGUCCCGCGCCACGCCGCCGUGGUCUACUGCCCCGACUGUUCCUCCUACCUCCAGCCGCCGCGGUCCUGGCUCCGCGCCACACCCGAGUCGCCCGAGCUCAUGCAGAUCCUGCUCCGCCGAGUCAACCGCCCACUCGCGCGGCUACGCGUCUCCCUCUCCGGCGCCGAGUUCGUCUUCUCCGAGCCCCACUCUAAGCGCCUCCGCCUCAACCUCCGCCUCCGCCGCGAGGUGCUCCACGGCAUCGUCCUCGAGCAGACGCACCCCGUCGAGUUCGUCGUCCACGACCGACUCUGCGACUCCUGCUCCCGCGCGCAGGCCAACCCCGAUCAGUGGGUCGCCGUCGUCCAGCUCCGCCAGCACGUGCCCCACCGCCGCACCUUCCUCUACCUCGAGCAGCUCCUCCUAAAACACGGCCAGGCUUCCCUAGCGAUCCGAGUCGCGGCGGCCCCCGGCGGCCUCGACUUCUUCUUCGGCUCGCGUUCCCAUGCCGCCCGCCUGGUCGACUUCCUUGCCACCGUCGCUCCUAUCCAAACUCAGACAGCGAAGCAGCUCGUCUCGCACGACACCAAGAGCAGCGUCUACAACUACAAGUACACCUUUUCGGUCGAUAUCUGCCCUAUCUGCCGUGAGGACCUCAUCGCGCUCAGUCCCCAGGCGUCCCGGGACAUGGGUGGCCUUGGCCCGCUCGUGCUCUGUGUCAAGGUCACAAAUGCCAUUGCUCUUCUUGAUCCCCUCACGCUGCGAGUGCACCACCUGGAGGAGAAAAAAUACAGGGUCUAUAAUUUCAAGGCAACUCUCACCAGCAAGCAGCUUGUGGAGUACAUUGUGCUCGACAUAGAACAAGAAUCGCCUGAAAUUUCUAUUGAUGGGUCUCGAUACCAAUUGGCUUAUGCUCAGGUUGCCCGGGUGUCAGAUUUCGGGAAGAAUGACACCAUCUUUACUGUGAGGACGCAUCUUGGGCACCUGCUGAACCCUGGUGAUCAUGCCCUUGGGUAUGAUCUCUAUGGUGCCAACCUAAAUGAUGAUGACAUGAACACAGCUAUGACUCGGUACAGCUUACCUGAGGCGGUUCUUGUCAAGAAGAGCUACGAGAAGAGGCCUCGCACACGGCGAUGGAAGCUUAAGAGGUUGCCGGUGGAGGAAGAUGCUGCAAAUAAGGCCAAGGGUGAGGAAGAGAAGACGCUAGAUGAGUACGAGGCUUUCCUCAGGGAUUUGGAGCUGGACCCAGGGAUGCGGUUCGGGGUGAAUCUGUACAAGAAUGAGGACUAUAGGUCUGAGAUGGCAUCAACAGUUGGUGAUGAUAUCCCUACGGUGCCAAUCGAGGAGCUGAUUGAGGACUUGACCCUUGGUGACAAUGAGGAUGAUGAAGGGGAAGAAGCUGUGGAAGGCAACACUCAUGCUGGAAUGGUGGAAUGAGCCUCAUGCUGGAAUGAUUGAGAGCUACAGGGAGAAGCAUGGCCAGAAAAAGCUCAAUGCGUUGUUUGGCCUCUAGUUUCAGUUUAUUCUAGGUUUGUAAGCUAUGUUUCCACUGGGAUCGACAGCACCGAAUUGUUGGUAGGAACCGUGUUUUUUGUCAGUUUUACUCUAUUGGUAGCCAAAUUUUCAGUUUCAUUUUUUUUUGUGAUAGGCAUGGUGAUUGCUUUCAAGUAAUUAUAUCGAUUCUUAUGUGUGUUCUUCU